UCUUCUCCUCCUGUUCUCCAGAAACAGUAUCAUGGAGAACACGCUACCACAACAAACCGGUGAUGAGCCAAGCAAGCUAUCUUUUGGACAGCUGAAAGAGAUGACAAAUAAUUUUGCUAACGAGAUUGGACGUGGUAGCUUCGGUAUAGUAUACAAGGGUGUGAAUUCAAAUGGGAAAGAGAUUGCUUUUAAGAAACUCAAGAUCACAGGAAUUGAUGACAGCUUAUUUCAGAAAGAGUUCCAGAACCUUAAGAGGCUCAAGCAUCCAAAUAUUGUGGAGCUAGUAGGCUUUUGCAAUGAAUCAGAAAAAUUUGUUACAGAAUAUGAAGGAAAACUAGUUACUGCUGAAGAGAUACAUACCGUGCUCUGCUUCGAGUAUGUAAGCAACGGUAGCCUUGCCAGUCAUCUACACGAUGAAUACACAGGACUUAGUUGGCAGAAGCGUUACAGAAUUAUUAAGGGCAUUUGUGACGGUUUGAAAUAUCUCCGUGAUGGUUUGGAGUUUUCUGUAUGGCAUUUGGACUUAAAACCUGAUAAUAUAUUGUUAGGUGAGACUAUGAUACCUAAAAUUGCGGACUUCGGUUUAUCAAAGCUCCUAGGCGAAGAUCAAACAAGAAAGUCAAUUAAUUCUGUAGGAACACGAGGAUAUUGGCCGCCAGAAUACGUGAACCAUCAAAUAAUCUCAAAAGAGUUCGACAUAUUUAGUUUGGGAGUUAUAAUGACCAAGGUUAUGAUCGGAUCUGAACGCUACAAAAGCAUUGCUGACAUGCCUCCUCGCAAGUUUGUCAAGCAGGUACAUGAUAAUUGGAAGAAAAGGCUACAAGAAGUAUUGAGGACGGGAUCACUCGAAGUACACUGUCAACAGGUAAAGACAUGCAUUGAGAUAGCAAUGGAAUGUUUGCGGCCGAAUCGCCAAGAAAGGCCAAUCAUAAAAGAUAUUGUUUUUCGAUUGAAUGAGACGGAAACAAUGAUUGGUGACCUAGGGUUGCAUGUACAAGAGGUUCCCUAUCGAAGCCUUGAUCAAUCAAUUGAAAAUGACCUUAAAAAUCUUAUGAGGUUGAAGCAUCAAAAUGUUGUGCAAUUACUGGGCUUUUGCGAUGAAGAGGUGGAAGAACUUGCAGAUUACCAAGGGAGACUAGUACGUGCUAUAAGAAGACACACGGCUAUAUGCCUUGAGUCUUUGCCGAACAAAAGCCUUCAUGAGUUUCUUUUUGAAAAACAUGAUGCACAUUCUUGGGACUUAUGCUUCGACAUAAUUAAGGGGAUAUGCAGCGGUUUAAAAUACCUCCAUGAUGCUACUAUUAUGCAUCUUGAUCUAAAGCCAGAGACUAUAUUGCUAGAUGAGAAAAUGGUUCCAAAAAUUGGAAGCUAUGGACUUUCAAGGAUCAGAAAUAGUGCUACUCUCGGUAAAAUGUCUACUGUCCGGACAAUUGAAUACUUGCCACCGGAAUACAUAACCAAGCAAGUAAUCUCAGAUAAGUAUGACAUAUAUAGCCUGGGCGUUAUAAUUAUGAAGAUAGUGAUCAGAGGAAUGGACUAUCGUCUAGCUGCUGACAUGGACGAGCGGGAACUUAUUGAACAAGUACAGGACCACUGGAAGAGAAUAUUACUGGAGAUACCAAAUUAUCCAUCAAUUGAGGAAGAUUGCGACCAAGUGCGGGUUUGUAUACAAAUAGCUAUGCUCUGUAGGAAGGAGGACCGACGUAAAAGGCCUACUUUGGAAGAUAUUGUUCAAAAACUAAAUGCGGUUGAAACUAAGAAAAACGACUCGUGCGCCCAGAUAGAUCAGCUCAGCGUCAACCUCGUGGAGCUAUGUUUCUCCUUCGACCCAAAAAGGCCGCCCACUGUUCGCUGCAGAUACACAACAAUGGAGAUGACCGUGUAGCGUUCAUGCUUGUGUCUAAGAGCUCUAGCAGUUACUUGGCCAAGCUGCCGCUCUGCGGCGUUGUUCCGCCAAGGUGCACCUACACCCACAACCUGACAAUGCGAAAGCAGUCGAAGCCACCAUCAGAGAGCGU